CGGACCAAUCAGGUUCAGCAGUGGAGCCGUCGGACUCCCAAUGAGCUGCUGUGUUGCUUCUUGGUUGGCUUUGGGCGGAAGCGGCGUUGAAGCCUCGGAGGAGCAAGAUGGGGGUGAAGCUGGAGGUGUUUCGGAUGACCGUCUACCUCACCUUCCCUGUGGCUAUGUUUUGGAUUGCCAAUCAGGCAGAGUGGUUUGAGCACUAUGUCAUACAGCGCAAGAGGGAGCUGUGGCCACCUGAGAAGGAGGACCAGCGCCAAGAGCUAGAAGAAUUCAAAGAGAGGAUACGGAAACAGCGAGAGGAGAAGCUCCUUCGUGCUGCCCAGCAGAGCUCCUGAGACCUCCAAGUGCCUGAGUCCUAGCCCUUCCACCCACAAAAUAACACACACACACAAUUCUUUUGUCA